GAGAUUACCUUCCCUCCCUCCCCCCCUUUUUUUCUUGCAGGAUCCGUCCUCAAAUGCCAAAGGAAAAGAUUGAAGGAUGUCACAUCUGCACAUCAGUGACACCUGGAGAACCCCAAGUACUCCUGGGAAAGGACAAAGCAUUUACCUAUGACUUUGUCUUUGACCUAGACACUUGGCAGGAUCAGAUCUAUACAACCUGUGUAAGCAAGCUGAUUGAGGGCUGCUUUGAGGGCUACAAUGCCACUGUGUUGGCAUAUGGCCAGACAGGUGCAGGUAAGACUUAUACCAUGGGCACUGGUUUUGACAUGAACACUUCUGAAGAGGAGCAUGGCAUAAUUCCACGGGCCAUCGCCCAUCUCUUCAAUGGCAUACAAGUGCGUAAGCAGGCUGCACAAGACCAGGGGGUCCCCAUCCCAGAGUUCAAAGUCAGUGCACAGUUUUUGGAGCUAUAUAAUGAGGAGAUCCUGGAUCUUUUUGAUAGCACAAGAGACCCUGAGUACCGCCACCGAAAAUCGAACAUCAAAAUCCAUGAAGAUGCCAGCGGUGGUAUCUAUACCACAGGUGUCACAUCACGUCUCAUUAGCUCACAGGAUGAGCUAAUCCAGUGCCUGAAACAGGGAGCUCUGUCCCGAACCACAGCCAGCACCCAGAUGAACGUCCAAAGUUCCCGCUCCCACGCUAUCUUCACAAUCUACCUUUGCCAAAUGCGUGUCUGCUCUCCUGUACACUUGGUGAAUGGAGACACAAAUAGUCUCCUGGAGGGAUCCCAGCCUACCAGUGAAUAUGAGACACGAACAGCCAAAUUCCACUUUGUUGAUUUGGCUGGCUCAGAGAGGUUGAAACGAACUGGUGCCACUGGCGAGAGAGCUAAAGAAGGGAUCUCUAUCAAUUGUGGUUUGUUAGCAUUAGGAAAUGUCAUCAGCGCCCUUGGGGAUCAGAGCAAGAAAGCCUUGCACGUACCCUACCGAGAUUCAAAGUUGACCCGGCUUCUCCAAGAUUCACUCGGCGGAAAUAGCCAAACUGUAAUGAUUGCCUGUGUGAGUCCUUCAGAUCGGGAUUUUAUGGAGACCCUGAAUACCCUUAAAUAUGCCAAUCGUGCUCGCAACAUCAAGAACAAAGUGGUGGUGAAUCAGGACAAGACCAGCCAGCAGAUCAGUGCCCUGAGAGCUGAAAUUGCUCGUCUCCAGAUGGAACUUAUGGAAUAUAAGGCAGGUAAGCGUGUUAUUGGAGAAGAUGGCUCUGAAGGCUAUAGUGACCUGUACCAGGAGAAUGCCAUGCUGCAGAAGGAGAACACCACUUUACGUAUGCGGGUGAAAGCCAUGCAGGAGGCCAUUGAUGCAAUCAACAUCCGUGUCACCCAUUUGAUGAGCCAGGAAGCCAACCUAAUUCUUGCCAAGGCAGGUGACGGCAAUGAGGCUAUUGGUGCUCUGAUCCAGAACUACAUCAGGGAAAUUGAAGAUCUCAGGACAAAACUCUUGGAGAGUGAAGCUAUGAAUGAAUCACUACGUCGCAAUCUGAACCGGGUUUCAUCCAGGCUGCCCUAUUCCCUAGGCUUAUCACCAGGGACUGGAUUGGGAGCUUCAAAUUCCCCUGCCACCUCGGAGGAAGCUGAAGCCUCUGAAGUCCUACAGUGGGCCAAGCAAGAUCUUGAGAGGCUGAAGAAGGAGACGAAGCUGCGAAAAAAAAGCCCAGAGAAAGAAGGGUUUAAGAAGCGGUUGAGGCUGCAGCAGGGAAACGAGGCUGAUGAGAAUGAUGAGAAUGAGGCAGAAGAGGAGGAAAGGGAUGAAAGUGGCUGUGAGGAAGAAGGUGGCCAGGAGGAAGAAGAUGAAGAAGAUUCAGGAAGUGAAGAAAGUUUGGUGGAUUCUGACUCAGAUGUUGAAGAAAAGGCAGCAAAUUUCCAAGCUGAUCUGGCUGACCUGACCUGUGAGAUUGAGAUCAAACAGAAACUAAUAGAUGAACUGGAGAACAGCCAGCGGCGCCUGCAGACUUUGAAGCACCAAUAUGAGGAAAAGUUGAUUCUGCUGCAGAACAAGAUCCGUGACACUCAGCUGGAGAGAGACAGGGUGCUGCAGAAUCUCAGUUCUAUGGAAUGCUAUACGGAAGAGAAGGCUAACAAAAUUAAAGCAGAUUAUGAGAAACGUUUAAGGGAGAUGAAUCGGGAUCUGCAGAAAUUGCAGGCUGCCCAGAAGGAGCAUGCUCGCCUCCUCAAGAACCAGUCUCGAUAUGAGCGAGAGCUGAAGAAGCUGCAUGCAGAAGUAGCAGAGAUGAAGAAAGCCAAGGUAGCGUUGAUGAAACAAAUGCGUGAAGAGCAACAAAGACGACGAUUGAUAGAGACCAAGAGGAACCGGGAGAUUGCCCAAUUGAAGAAAGAGCAACGUAGGCAGGAGUUUCAGAUACGAACGCUGGAAUCUCAGAAGCGCCAGCAGGAGAUCGUCUUGCGCAGGAAAACUCAAGAGGUCUCUGCUCUGCGUCGUCUAGCCAAACCUAUGUCUGAUAGGGUUGCUGGGAGGAUGAACCAGAAACAAACCAUGGUAGAGCCAGGUGCUGAAGUCUCCACCAGCGCCACCUCCUUAGAGGCAGAAUCUGGUUCUCGUUCUGUCUCUAGCAUUGUACGCCAGUGGAAUAGAAAAACCAAUGCUUUUCUGGGAGAUCCUCCUUCUUCCACAAAUGGAACUCGGACAAUCAGGAAAAGAUUCCCCAAAAAAGGUACAAAUCAGACUUUUAAUAAGACAGCCCGCCUGAAGUGGCAGUCACUGGAACGUCGUGUCUUUGAUAUUGUCAUGCAAAGAAUGACUGUCAUCAAUCUGGAAUCAGAUAUGGAACGUCUUAUCAAGAAACGUGAGGAAUUGUCACUGAUGCAGGAAGGACUUCUAGGGAAGAAGGAAAAACUACAAACUGAGAAUCCAGAGGAACAGAAGGGGUUGCAGGAGUUGAAUGAGGAGAUUGAAGUAUUGGCUGCCAAUCUCGACUACAUAAAUGACAGUAUUUCUGACUGCCAGGCCACCAUUAUGCAAAUUGAAGAGACUAAGGAAGAAUUGGAUUCUACAGACACGUCUGUGGUGAUCAGCUCCUGCUCCUUGGCUGAAGCACGACUUUUAUUGGAUAAUUUUCUCAAGGCAUCCAUAGACAAGAGCCUGCAAGUAGCCCAGAAGGAAGCUCAGAUCCGCUUACUGGAAGGACGUCUGAGACAAACAGAUGUGACUGGCUCCUCUCAGAACCAUCAUAUUCUGGAUGCCCUACGAGAAAAAGCAGAAUCCCACCCUGAAUUACAGGCACUCAUUCACAAUGUACAACAAGAAAAUGGUUAUGCCAGCACUGAUGAGGAAGUCUCCGAAUUCAGUUUGGCUUCAGAGGGAAGCUUUUCCCAGUCUUUCUUCAUGAAAGGUUCUGCCAGUCAGGAUGAUUUCAAGUGCAGGGGAGAGCCCAAGUUGUCUGGUCAGAUGAAAGCUGUAUCUGCAGAGUGCCUAGGGCCCACAUUGGACAUCUCCACUAAGAACAUCACCAAGUCAUUGGCAUCUCUCAUGGAGAUCAAAGAGGACAGUGUUGGAUUCUCUAUCCGUGAUCCCUAUUAUAAGGAGAAGGUCUCCCGCACUAUCAGCCUGCCUAUCCGAGGGAGCACAUUCCCUCGACAGUCCCGAGGCACAGACACAUCACCCCUCACAAGGAGGAAGUCAUAUGACAGGGGUCAGCCCAUCAGGAACCCAGAUGUUGGAUUCACUCCUCCCUCAUCCCCUCCCAGCAGGCCACGCAAUGACCGCAAUGUCUUCUCUCGCCUCACUAGCAACCAGAGCCAGGGCUCUGCAUUAGACAAGGGCAUCAUUAACCCCGUGGGAGGUUCCAGGAGUGCCCGGACAGCACCACUGCAAUGCAUUUCUGUGGCUGAAGGACACACCAAGCCAGUAUUAUGCCUGGAUGCUACUGAUGAAUUGUUAUUCUCUGGAUCCAAAGAUCGAAGUUGCAAAAUGUGGAACUUAGUGACAGGACAGGAAAUUGCAUCUUUGAAAGGUCAUCCAAAUAAUGUAGUUUCCAUAAAAUACUGCAGUCACUCUGGCCUAGUAUUCACAGUCUCUACCUCUUACAUCAAAGUGUGGGAUAUCCGUGAUUCUGCAAAGUGCAUCCGCACUCUCACCUCCUCGGGCCAGGUGAUCACCGGAGAUGCCUGUGCUGGGACCACUACCCGGACUAUCACCAGCGUGCAAGGCGAGCACCAGAUCAAUCAGAUUGCACUUAAUCCCACAGGCACCAUGCUUUAUGCAGCCACUGGCAAUUUUGUCCGCAUUUGGGAGCUGAACAGGUUUCAGCCUAUUGGAAAGCUGACAGGUCACAUUGGUCCUGUGAUGUGUCUCACAGUGAAUAGGACUGCAAGCAAUCAUGACUUGGUAGUCACAGGAUCUAAGGAUCACUACAUUAAGAUGUUUGAAAUUGCUGAAGGUGUCGGUGGGAACAUUGGCCCUUCUCACAACUUUGAACCUCCACAUUAUGAUGGGAUCGAGUGCCUAGCUAUUCAGGGAGACAUACUUUUCAGUGGCUCCCGUGACAAUGGGAUCAAGAAAUGGGACUUGGAACAUCAAGAGCUCAUCCAGCAAAUCCCUGCACAUAAAGAUUGGGUUUGUGCUUUGGCCUUUGUGCCCAGUCGGCCCAUGCUGCUGAGUGCCUGCCGUGGUGGGACAGUGAAGGUCUGGAAUGUUGACAACUUCACACCUGUUGGGGACAUCAAGGGGCAUGAUAGUCCUAUCAAUGCCAUCUGCACAAAUUCAAAGCACAUUUUCACAGCUUCCAGUGACUGCACAGUGAAGCUCUGGAGUGCGAGGAAGCUACUGAACAGCACAACCUAGAAGCUGGGGAACAGCACAAUGGUCAUAAGAAGACUAAGAUGGAGCUUGGCUAGGAAGCAGUAGUUAAUCUCUCACAUCCAGGGCUUCAGGAAGAGAUGGCUGCCUGGCUUUUUGACAAGUACAUGGGUUGGAGGGGAUAAAGGAAGUCUCCUUUUCUUUCCAGUGUAUGUACUUAAGUCUCCUUCCUUGUCAGGUGUCUAUGAUGUCAGCCAUUGUAAAAUGGAGCCAAAAGAGAAGACAAAACUUGGUGCUGAGGUUGUUUCAGUCAGAAUCCAUCCAACAAGCUCUACAAAAUAGAGCAUUUUGAAGAAAGGAAUCAAAAUACUUUAUGAAUAGGAAUUAGAUUUCUCAUCCCAGCAUAACUAAGCAAGGUUUACCCAUGGUCUCCAGCUCUCCAGGAACUGCCUAUGUCCGUAGGAUUUAACAGUGAAAAUAACUAGAGAGAAAAUCAAGGGAUGCCAGUUGCUUCCUGGAUAGUUGAUUGUUACAUUUUAAAGGGUAUUUCUUGUUCUAGUUAGGUCUUUCAGGAGGAUUUAUGAAGUACUGACUUUUAUUUCUUAUUUCUAUCUGUGAAUUGCUAUUUUUUUUCUUUUUGAAAGGGAGAAGGGUUGGAGGAGAAUGCAAGAAAAUGAGCCACUUUAAUUUGAGCACAUAAUGUUUCUCGGUGUUCACUCUAGAUUUAGAAUUGCCCAGAGGUUUUCAUUUUCAUUUGCCAAAUAGUCAUGAAGUUGAUUUUCCCAGAUUCCCGGAAUGCCAGUAUUAAAAGAAAAAAGACAACUACCAAUUGUGUUAAACAGAACUAUACAUUUGGUGACUGAUUUGAUGAUCUUCCAUGACAUUUCAAUUUUGAUAACUUCAGAAGAGUUGUUGCUUUGUGAAUACCAAUUGUAAAGCUGGAUGCUUUUCCCAAAAUGUUAGAUAACCGACAAAAAAGAGAGAGAUAAACUGAUUAAAUACAUUUGGGAUUCUCCUUCAUGCCAUCAUUUGGAAAUUCUGACAAAGAAGUAGCCUGGACAAGCCACCCCCACUCCCUGUUGCCAGUCUGCAGAACUGUUUUGUCCUCUUCCAGUUACAAAAUGGCAGUAACUGCAGACAUCAACUGUCCCCUAUCACAGGAAAAAGGACUUCUUUGUCCCCUCCUUUGUCUGGGGACAGAAAAUUGUGGAACCCCCCCUCCCCCCAGCUUUCAAACAGGGUAAGGGACAUUUGAAUUGCUAAGCACAAAGGGUGUUGCAAUGCAUUCCUGUAUUACUGGGGAAAUAAUGAGCCUGCCCCUCUUAUCUCACCCCCCCCCCGCAUCUCCUUUUGUUUACAUCUUUUUCAAACAUUCACAUUCAAAUUCACAUCAUAAUAAGGAGCAAGCAGGUAAAAGUCGAUGCUCUGUGCUUUAGAAACUUGAAUUUUCACAGGAAAUUGUUCAGGGCACUUGAUUUUUAGCAGCAAACAUUGGCUUAAGCCCUUGAGUAUCCAUCACUGUGUGGGAACAGCUUUCAUCUGUGUGCAAUGUAGCAGGGCUGUCCAAGCCUCACUGGAGGAUUUAUCAAGCACUCUUCACAUCCUCAUUUCUCAGAUGAGUUGUAAUAGGAUUCAUCCUUAAACUUUUAACUUGCAUUGUACUCUUUCAUCAGAGGACCAAGGAUUAAACUGAUUGCUCAGCAGCAGACUUGGGGAAAGCCACUCACCAGUAAGGAAAUAUGGACCAGCAAGUUAAAGCAAUUUGCUUUUGAAAUACUUUGGACCAUUCUACAGCUCUGCCUUUAGUUUGCAGGAGCCUUUGCUCUACUGCCCUGGAUUAGGUUGGAAUUCUGUCCAUUCACUUGUGUUACGAAAAUCCCUUUCUCUACACUGAAGCUGCUGAUUCUUCCAUCCAAGUGAGAAGUUGUAUUGUAAUUCUAAAUGGGUGUUCAAAUGAUUCUGUGUUUUGUCUUGUGCAAUUGGGGGUGGGGGGCAGCAGGGAGAGGUGUGUGACUGAGAUUUUAAGAGGGUGAGAGCUUGUUUUGAGUUAACCUACCUCAUGGUCCAAGGUGUUUUCUCAUUUUUUUUGUUUUGUUUGUUAAUGAAACUUGAAUUGAUCUGGGAAACGCACAGUAUCACUGAUCCCAAUUUCUGAGCUCAAGAGCCCCAAAAGCAAGAGGAAGGCAGGAUGAAAGAAGCUGGCCUUUGUGCUUUGCCUUCACGGUUAUAGCUGUGUUGAUUACAUUCGAAUCUGGGAUGUAUUCUCAGAGGCACCAUUUAAAUAAUCUCUGCUUAGAUAUUAUAGCCGUACUGUAUUUAUUGCAUCUUGGUGACUUCUGCAGUCCUACCUUAAUUCAGCAUUCUAAACUGAGCGGGGAAGGGGUCAUAUGAUUCCAAGACUGGAAGAAUAUUAUCUUCCACAAAAUCAGCACAAUCUUUAUCUCUGCACAUGGAACCCAAAUUAUGUUGUUUGCUAUUUAGGGAAGUUUGUGGUCCCGUGAAUGUUUUUGCCUGGACAAAUCUGUGAAUAGAUUGUGAAUUAGCUUAGCAAAGUUUUCUCCAUCUACUUAAAUAAGUUGUUUAGAACAAAGAAUAUGAAGUAUCCCAAAAGGCAAUACUUGGUAUGUCUAAAUCUAUCUGCCACAGGAUACUUCCUAUGGGUUAAAUGAAGGGUUAUGUGAUCUGUGGUCCUCCAGAAGUUGGACUUCAGCUUCCAUCAUUCCCUCAUCAGUUGGCCUUACGGCUCGGGCUAAUAGCAGCUCAGAUUCAAGAAAAUCCGGAGGAGUCCACACAUUUCUUCUUAAAUUACUGACCAUAUUUGCCAUAUAGUCCUGGGUGUCUUUUGCUCUUUCUAGUGCUUUGGCAUGGGGUUAUUUCUCCAUUUUUUGGGGGGGGGAAAUACCUUGUAUCUUUUAAUGCUUCUGAUCCCAUGGAUGUGGCAGAAAUGAAAUUGAGCUAAUUUCUUGGGAUUAGUAUGUAUAGUUUACCCUAUUGUUGAUUGUACUUGAAGCACAUAAUUGAGAGGAUUCAAAGUAACCAACAAUGGACAUUUCAUCUCUUUCAUAAUUUUCAGAAGCUGAACAGCAGGUUACUGUAGUAAGACUAAUAAAUGGUUUUGCAUCAUCUGCAAGGAUAUUUUAGCACAUGUUAUCAUGCUGUCCCUAAGGCUAAACUUUCAGUUUAAGAAGCCUUCUGAUUGUGUACUAAUGGACACCAGCUGUCUCAGUCUAGGGUUGGGACUAUUGUUUUUGUUGCAGUCCCAGCAUAUCUGGAUGUGACCAGGUUGAAAUGUUGUUUCAAACAGCAGGUGCCUUUCCUUACCCUGAAAGGUGGGUUUUUUACCCAUAGAAAACACUGGUGCUUGUCUGGGGCUUCUGUGAGGGCUGUGUCAUCUGGCAAAAUGGUAUUGAGUGUGAAUGUGUGUGUGCGUGUGUGCAUGUAGGGAUACAAUGUAUGUAAUAUUUUAUACCUCUCUGUAAAUAAUGUAAGUUAUUUAAGGUUUCUGAUGUACAUGGUUUUCCAAUGAAUGUCUUUGUUCCUCCUGGUAAUAAAUAAAUUUAUUCAACUGAAAUUCCAAGUCUGAUUUUUACAUUAAAAGCCUAAUGCAAAGGCUUAAAAAAAUAAAAUCAGAAGAUUGUGGAUUGAGAAAUUGGAUAAACUAUUACAGAAACAAAUGCAAGGAUUAAAAAUAACUAGGAGCUUGGAAAUGGCCCUGGGCAGACAUGGAGAACUCAAUCCCACAGGCCUAAUCUGGUUUGAGAGAUGUCAAAGUAGCUCACAAAGUCCUCCAAGAUCCCUUGCCCUUCAGGGCCUGGAAGGUAACGCUUUUUGUAUAGAGAAUGGCCUUGAAGGGAGAGAAGUUAAAUUUAGAGAAAGGGUUCCUGUUUCCCAAACUCUUAUCUGCUGAUAUCAUCUAGUGUGUUGGCCAACACAGCAUUUGGGCAAAAUUACCCUCCUCCCCCCCUUCAAUGAGGGAUACAGCAGUUAAAGGCAAGAGAGAAAGUCUCUAUUCAUUCUAGGGUUGCAGACAUAUUAAUUAUUCUGGCAAUCUAUUUUUUUUAAUGCUUUCUACAUCAGUAUUUCUCAACCUUGGCAACUGUAAGAUGUCUAGACUGUUCUAGACUAUCAAAGUAUAUUAUUCCUUGGGUGGACAACAACAGUAGAAGAGUAAGAAGCUAGAUGAAUGAUACAAAAAAGGUUUCUAGUGGUUAAGAAUGAAGCAGUCCAUGACUCCCAAAACCAGAAUUGUUAUACAAAUUGCCUUUUGUAAAUAAUUUACUUAGGAUCACGAAGAUUUCUUUGCAGAGAUCUGGACAAUAAAGGUUCUAGGCUGGACUGAAAUUAAACACAAUGCCAUGUUGCCAUUUUUAACAAAGUUAAUUUGAAGUUCAUCUUUUCCAUAGGUAUUUCUUGUUUUCACAUUGUGGAAAACCCUUGAAAAAAAGGAUAGGACAAGUUGGAAUUCUGACACACUGUACUGAAGUAUUUUGGGGAAGAGAAAUCAUGUCAUUUGAAGAUGUUGACUUCUAUUUAUAUAAAAUGACAAUUAUUAAACAAAAGGCUGCCUUCUGAUAGGCUUCUCUUUCCCUUUCAUAUCUGAAUGACAACAAAGUUAUCGGAACACUGCUGGCACUUUUUUUUAAUAAUGCAAAUAGGUUGAACAUUUCCUUAGCUUGAUUUCUACUUCUAAUGAAGCCAAAAGACAUAGAACACUGACAAGAAAAUGGUUGGCAAUAUGAAUAACUUACCAAAACUUAAAAAUAUAUACCCUUGAGUAGGACUGAAUUUUAUCAGAGUUCUCAAGUUAAAUGCAAGAGUGAUACACAAACUACAAUUCAUGUCAGCCUUGUAGGCUAUGGUUUACUAUAAGGAUACGCAGAAAGUAGAAAAAUUGUUUUGGUUGGAACCCAUGACAAACCAUCACAUUCCAAAAUGUUUUGGAUUGGCUGUGGCCUGGCAGAAACACAACCCACAUCAUUUCCAUUGCCCAGGGUUUCUGCUAAAACAACAUUCAGAGGGAUUAUGGAGUGAUUUUUAUACAGUGGUAUACUUUGCCCUCUUCUUCCCCUGCCUCUGCUCAGCUACCAUCACAAAAUCCCAAUGUGGCACUGACCCACCUGCCUCUGAUCUUUUCAGUGCCUUGCCUUCUUCUGUCCUCCUACAUUGUCACUGCCAUCACAAAGCACAUCCCCCUUACUAUGGAAAUCCCUCAACCUUGGCUUUUUCCUGCUCUUUCCCUCCCUGAACCACUUCUGCCCAGAGCAACCAUGUUUUAGUCCAUCUCCGGAACAAAACAGCCCAACAAAUAUUUCUGUUUAGGCAUAGAUAACCCCAAACUAGCUGCUCCACACACAUUUUGCCUAUCCCUAAGGUUGCUGAGUAUAUUGCUGAAUUAAACAUCUUGUUAACCUAUAAAGCUAGUUUCUGCACAUAAUGUGUAAUGGUUUUUUUGUAAGGAGCCCAUGCCCAUCUUGUUUCUUACAUAAGAGGUCAGUGGAUAGUGACUUGUUUUCUUAUAGCUGACAAACCAGUCAUUAAUCUGUUCUGCAAUAAAAUUAAAGCUGGUUGCCUGGCUCAUCAGUGCUAGAUGAUUAUCAGUUUUGUAACAUGCAAUUUGUUCUAUAGAGACAACCCUCUGCUUCCUUAAUUUAAUGAGGAUUGCAUACAAAAGUUGAGCAAUAUGUUAUAUUUCAUCCAUCAAAAUGGACCUCUUUUCAAUACAAAAUUCCAUUAAAACUGAAAAUAAGGAUUCACACACAGAUCCACAGAGAUAGCAAGAUUUGUGAAUUUCAUAAGUCUAUAGAAAGGAAUAAUGGGGAGGGGCAUGAAGUACACUCAGGCAGACCAUUGGCUGCAUCAGAUAGCUUUCUUUGGGAACAAAGAAGGCAAAUCUAGCAAUUGGGAAGGAACUUGUGUAGAUACACAUACAUUCUACUUCCACAAGAAAGAAAGUUGUGGUCAGCAAUAGCUCUUUACUAAAAU